AUGGUCCCGCCCCCUGGUUGCCAGGGCCCGGCCUAUCCGCGUCCAGGCGGGCAUCGGUCGCCAGGUGGUUGGGGUGGGGGCCAAGGCAGGUGUGUCUGUUUGGAGGAAGGGGCCAGGCCCCGUCGGGACCCCAAGGGACUCCCUCCCGAAGCCCCUGCGGCUGGGAGUCUGGGGCCCUGCGGCGCGGCCGCGGAGAAGCCGCCCCUCCUUCCACCGCGCCUCUCUCCACCGCCCCCGGCGCGCUCCCGCCCGCCGCCUCCCGGGGCCGGCUCGAGCGCGCGCGCCCCCGUCUCCCCUUCCGCGGCCGAGGGGCGGGCCCGGCUCCCCGCGCCACCGCCCGCAGCCCCCUCCCCUCGCCUGCCGGCGGCUCACGCCAGCCCCGGCGCUCCCGCCCGGCCCCACCCCAGGCGACCCAGCGUGGAGAGGCGGGCGGCCAGAGCCCGAGGUGCCCGCAUCCUCGGGGAGGGCGCUGGGGGCCGGGGAGGGGACCAGGGCUUGCGCUCCCGUCCCCCUCAGCUGGAGCCUGUGGCAGACCCCCGUCCCCGAGGCUGGUGGUCCGGACCCCCGGGGUCUCCUCGACCCCCUCCCCCAGUAACCAGCGCGGCGCUCCGAGUUCUGGGGGCAGCGGGAGCUGCAGGGCGAGGGCCCCUGGCCGAGCGAGCUGGAAGUACCCGGGCAGCCGCUCUCCCAGAGGCUGCUCCCCGGGUGGGAUCAACUCGGAGCGCUGGGACAGGCCCCCGGAGUCCAGCCUCCAGGCCCCCAGCUGCUGGGAGAGGGGAGCGGGCCCCUGCCAAGACCCCAGGCCCAGGCUCUGUCUCUAGCCCGGGACGUGCCAGCGGGACCACCAGGCUAGGCACUCUUGCGCAGAAAGGGCUUCGGCCCCCAGCUGAGGAACCCGUGGCCAGAGGAAAAGCCCCAGAAACACCUAGAAGGAGCCCGCUGAGCGCCGGGGCACGGAGAGACUCUUCCGGGCCCUCCCCAGGCGCCCCUUCCCCAGCCACCUCCCGUCGGUCCCGGGCUGCAGGAGCUGAAGUGGGUCUCCCUCGGGCAGCUCCGAAUGCCCGGCCGCGGCCUCCGACCGAGGCCUCCAGGAAAUCCGUGAGCAGUACCCCGCAGCAUGGUGCCGCGGAGCCGAGCCCCGCCACCAGGAGGCGACCCAGCGCCGGCGGAGGUCUCCAGAGGCCAGCCUCACGCCCCUUAGGCUCCAACGCCACUCCCCUGUCCUCCCCUGCCCGCUCCGGGGCCUCGCCGGGUGGAACACCCCGGGCUCCCGGGCAGCCCUCGCAGCCCUCGCAGCCCAAGGCAAAAGGGCUGCAGGCUCUACGCCCCCGCCAGUCCACACCCCCAAGGAAGAGCGCUACCCCCGCGCCGGGCUUUUCUCCUCCAAUAGCCACACCCUCUCCACCGGGUUUGACUGCACAACUGGCACCGCCUCCGCAAAUCACAGGCACUCCCCUGCCGGCCACUCUCCCUCCAUCUCCACCGACCACGCCCCCUCCUCGCUCUCCUACCUGCCCUUUGGCCACGCCCCCUCCCCUAGCCCCUCCUUCCUCUGCUCCACUCGCUCUGCAGACCCUCCCCUCUCCGCCGGCCACACCCCCCUCGCAAGCCCCACCCACACACGUGGGUACCUCCUUUCUGGAGGCAUCCACCUCUCCUACGGCCGCUUCUCAGGCUUCAUUCUCUCCAUCCGUGUCACCCCCUCUGCUGAGUAUGCCCCCAACCCAAGCUUCUCCAGCUUUGCCCUCUCUUCUGACUCUCCCCUCUCCCUUGGCCACACCUCCUCUGUCGGCUCCUGGAUCACCAGCCACGACUCCUCUACCACCAGCCACUUCCCUUCUACAAGCCUCUUUGACUCCAGAAACUUCUCUGCUGAAUCCGCCCUCUCCCCAAGCCACACCCCCUCUGCAGGACUUUUCUGCUUUGACUACUCCCCCUCCACGGACCAGUCCUUCCCUAUCACCUUCCCCACUUCAGGCUAUGCCCUAUACAGUGACCACACCUCCCACGCAGGACACUUCUCUGGCCACAUACCCUCUACAAACCUCUCCCUGCCCUCUGACCACCCUCUCUCUGCAGGGUUCUCCUCUGUGCUCUCCAUUUCCUUUGGCCUCACCAUCGCUGCAGGCUCCGCCUUCUCUCCUGGACACGCCCCCUCCACAGACCCCACCUCAUCUGGCCACACCCCCUCCACAGGCCUCUCCCUCUCCGACCCGGUUCUUUACAGAGGUCCCACCCUCUCUGGCCUCACCACCUCUGCAGGCACCUUCUCCCCUAGCCACGCCUCCUCCACAGACUCCAAUUUCCCUGGCCACACCCCCUCUACAGGCCGCACCCCCUCAGGCCUUGCUCCCAGUUCAGGCCCCACCGUCUCUGCGGGCCCCUCUCUCCCCUCCGGCUUCACCACCUCUGCAAGACCCUCCCACUCCCUUGGCCACUCCCCCUCUCCAGGCUCCACCUUCCCUGGCCUUGCCUCCUCUUCAGGUUCCUCCCUCUCCCCCUGCCUCACCCCCUCCGCGGACAACUCCCUCUCCCCUGGCCACACUUUCUCCUCAGGCUCCACCUUCCCUGGUCUUGCCUCCUCUCCAGGCCUCUACGCUCCCUUUGCAGGCUCCUCCCCCGCCCCUGGCCACGCCCCCUCACCAGACUCCACCUUCCCUGGCCCUACCUCCUCUGCAGGGCUCUAUUCUCCCUUUGCAGGCUCCUCCCUCGCCUCUGGCCACGCCCCCUCCUCAGGCUCCACCUUCCCUGGCCUUGCCCCCGCUGCAGGUCCCUCCCUCUCCCCUGGACUCACCCCCUCUGCAGGCCCCACGCCGCCCCCCGACCCCAGGUCCCGAUGCCCCGAUCCCGGGCCCACGGCUGACCCUGGCGCUGGCCCCAGCUCCGCCGCCACCGCCCUCCCGCAGCCCGUCCAGUACGCUGAGCGGCCCGGAUCUGGCGGGCCACAGCAGCAGUGCCACCAGCACGCCGGAAGAGCUGCGCGGCUACGACAGCGGGCCGGAGGGCGGCGCCGCCGCCUCCCCUCCCGCCGACGCGGAGCUCGCCGCCUGCCACCCGGCCUCCUGGAGCCGAGGUCCCCCUCCGCCGCUGGCUGUCCGCAGCACCACAGGAGCGCCUCUGCCUUGGCCUCCUUCUGCCGGGCCAGGCUCCGCUGACGGCCUGUGCACCAUCUACGAGGCAGAGGGGCCCGAGUCGGCGACCCCCGCCCCAGACGCGCUGGAUUCGGGUCCUGGGCCCGGCGCGGGUGGUGGGAAGGUCGUGGCUGGAGCAGGCGCGGGGGCGACCUCGCGCGGCGCGAAGCCGGCGCGCCUGGGCGAGCUGCCGCUGGGGGCGCUGCAGGCGAGCGUCGUGCAGCACCUGCUGAGCCGGACGCUGCUGCUAGCUGCGGCCGAGGGUGCCGCUGGCGGCAGCGGCGGUGGCCCAGGGGUUGCGGGGGCUGGUGGCGUCGCGGGGGGUGCCCGGACUGCGCUCAGCGACGCCGAACUGGGCCGCUGGGCUGAACUGUUGUCUCCCCUGGACGAGUCCCGCGCCAGCAUCACCUCGGUCACCAGCUUCUCCCCGGACGACGUGGCUUCCCCGCAGGGUGACUGGACGGUGGUAGAGGUGGAGACCUUCCACUGAGCCAGACCCUUAGCCCCGCCCACCAUACCCAUCCCUGCCUUAGGACCCGCCCCUCUGGCUACGCCUCUGCGUCUUAGACUGCCCGCCUGUCUGCUCUCCUUCGGGAGUCUGGCUCCCGUUGGAUUGGACGUAGCCCCCUAGAGCCCUAGAUUUUGGGUCAGGCUCUCGACCCACCCACGCCUGUGGCCGAGGUCUUUCCCUCGAGCCCCGCCCCUUUGGCCUGGAAACACGCCGACUCCUCUCGAGCCCCUCCCCCUCCCUCCGCUUAGGCUCCGCCCCGCGUCCUGUGUAUUGUCUACCACGCGCUGCCCGAGUUUGCAAUAAAAGCCGGGACGCUGCAGCCUGU